GUCUUCAACGGAAUUCCUCAUGGAAGCGUGGAGCGACUGGGAAUGUCCGCGCUGCUCGCUGAUUAACGAUCCGGAGCUCCUAUUCUGCGAUGCCUGUGCCUACAACAAGCCCGCUGAUUUGCCACAACUUGACGACCAACUCCCGGAUCAACUGCUAGAUCACUUGCCAACCACUUCUCCACAUAAGCGGAUGAAGUUUAGCGUUGACGAUUUGGUGGAUUUGAUUAGUGACGACGACGAAGACAUGGACCUGAAAGCUGCCAUUGCUGCGUCCGCACUGGAGCACAUGCAAGCAUCGGGUCAGUCGCAGGAAGGACGCAACGACACAACACGCGAAUGCAGCUCUUGUGAUUUGACGUCACCAGCUCCGCCGUCGAAUGCAUUGCUUCGUAAUUUACACAGCGAACGCAUGCAGAGACGAAAGGCACAACCAGGAACAACUCCUUCCGAUGCCCUGCUCAAGAACACGACACUCACCCCAACGUCAUUAAUCGUUGCCUCGCUCAACGUAUGGUUUGACGAAGUUCUCGUGGAAGAGCGCAUCGACGCAAUGUGCACAGCCUUCUCCACUUUGGCACCACACGUGAUCUUUCUCCAAGAAGUCACGCCAGAAAUGAGCAACCUCCUGAUUAUGAAGCUCACUCGUCUCGGGUAUGUCGCUGCAAACGCCGUGACAACGCAAGCGUACAGCGAGCUCAUUCUCGUCAAAGGCCUCCCGAUUCUCCAGUACACCUGCCACCGCUUUGCAAACUCUGCCAUGGGUCGACACUUGCACGUGGUAGACACGCAAUUCAACGGCCACGCGCUGCGCUUGGCCACAGCCCACCUCGAGAGCCUUGCUCAGAACAAAACAGUUCGCCUGGCGCAGCUCAAGUGGUCUUUCACCCACCUCUUAGAGAACUCGUCGCCUAAGUCAACGUCGCCGUGGGUGUUUGGAGGGGACAUGAACCUCGGCCGCAAAGACGUUGUGGCCAUUCCAAGCGCGGUGGAAGAUGCGUGGAUUGCACGAGGCCGACCGAGUGCCCACGAAUUCACGUGGGACACGACCGUGAACAAGAACCUGCCCAACAUCAACUUUGCUGCCAAGUGUCGAUUUGAUCGACUCUACAGCCACGGCUUACGUUGCGACGACUUUACCACGUUUGGGAAAGACCCGCUGGUGAACCACUCGAAAAUGUUUCCGUCGGAUCACUGGGGGGUCAUGGCCACGUACAGCAGCAGUAGCUGGUAACGCAUGCGUGGUGGGCUGAAAUCGUUCUGGCAUUGUGAAUUCAACCAAGGCACGACAGGGGUCGUGCUGUUAUUUCACAGCUGCGGCGAUCGGAAAAAUGUCUGAUACAGUGCAGCUUUCUACGUUCCGCUUGAUGCGAUCCUGGUGUUUGGUGAG